CUUCCAUUCGGGAAAGAAGAAAAUAAACCACCGCUGCUGGUCGUGGAGCUCUCCCCUAAAACACUCCUGCAGCCGCCCUUAACCCUCCACCAGGCUGGAAACCGUCGAGAAUCUUCCGGGACUUUUCUUUUUUCCCUGUAAAAGCAAAGUGGGAGCCAGAGAGGAGGUUUGGGGGGGAUCCAGAUCCAGAUCCAGUGUUUGUGCGUGUUAGCCGCCGCGGCUACAUGUAGCUCAGUGGGCUGAACUUCUCUGCAGUUUUUACUCUCACCCUCCCCUACAUUAUUGAUCUGGACCCCCCCACCCCACUGCUGAUCUAACUGGAUAUUACCCACCUUGUCUGAACUUCCCUUUGUGGCGGGCCAUGGACUGAGGGUGUCCCAGGCAGGGGGCAGCUGGCUUGAUGGCGGCUGAUUAUUCAUCUGCAAGCAGGGAGUAACACGCCCGGGGGGGCAGCGGGCUGAGGGACGACCAGACACGGGCUUUACUGCAUUUACCUGAAACUUAUCUUUUAAUUGAACAUGCAACGGAGUGCUGGAGCUUUCCCCAAGCUGGGAUAAGGUGGGGGGUGGUGGGGGUGCGGGAUUACAACUCCAGCACUGAUACAGGAGGGGAAAAACAAGUUACAGCGUUAAGUUUAUUUAUUUAUUUCCUUUAAGUUCUCAUAUAUAAUGUCUACCGCGAAAGAAAACCCCUGCAGGAAAUUCCAGGCGAACUUCUUUAAUAAAAGUAAAUGUCAGAACUGCUUCAAACCCAGAGAGCUGCAUCUGCUGACCGACCAGGACCUGACCCAGGCUAAACCUAUUUAUGGUGGAUGGCUGUGCUUGGCCCCCGAGGGAACUGACUUUGACAAUCCAAUGCAGAGAUCCCGGAAAUGGCAACGGAGAUUCUUUGUGUUGUACGAACAUGGCUGCCUUCGCUUUGCCCUGGACGAGUCGCCCAGCACGCUGCCUCAGGGCACGGUGAACAUGAACCUCUGCACUGAUGUCAUUGAUGCUGAGCCCAAGACGGGUCAGAAGAACUCUCUCUGCAUCAUCACUCCCGAGCAGGAGUACUUCAUCAGAGGAGAGAGCAGAGAGAUCAUCAACGGGUGGAGCGAACAGUUGAUUGUAUACCCCCGAACCAACAAACAGAACCAGAAGAAGAAGCGCAAAGUAGAGCCAACAACAUCACAGGAACCGGGCCCAGCCAAGGUAGCGGUGACGGGUUCUGGACUCCCCGAACCGGAGAAGGUUCCAGACUCCAGCUCCAUCAUCUGGCAGGAGGAGCUCAACCAGAGAGAGGCUGAGGGGGCGGCAGUCUGGGCCGCCCCAGACCAACCGCUGGGAUCCCCACCGCCCCCUACAGGCCAGGGUUCUGACGGCGGGUCGGUGAACGGCGAUGAUGUGGACCGGGGGGGCGGCCCGCCGCUGCACGGCUCUACACCUCAGCCCCCCAGCGACCUGCUCUCCCCGACAGGCUCCUGCUCCAGCUUGGGAGGAGUCCCGCGCUGCCUCUCCCCGGCGCCCAGCGACCCCUUCCCCUCCGGCAGCUCCCUGCUCUCCAACGGCUCCCACAUCAGCGGCUCGGUCAGCUCCCUGGACUCGGACGCCAGCGGCAGCACGGUCACCAGCACCGACAGCCACCCGGCCGGCCACAGGGGCGGCCACCAUGAGGCGUCGCGCUCCCGCCGGCUGGAGGCCGAGGCCAGGAAGGCUGAGAAGAGGAGCCGCUACAGGAGCCCCGAGCGGCAGGAGAGGGAGGCCGUCCUCAGCCCUGAGAGGAGUCGCUCCGGUGUCAUCGAGAAGCUGGAGGCCUUGGAGCUGGAGCAUCCCGAGAAAAUGGACGUGGAGGAGUCGGGGAGAGGCGGAGCCAGACAAGGCCGCAGCGAGCACCGGCGCUUCAACCGCGAGGAGCAGAGGCGUGACGUGGACCAGGGUCUGGACUUUCCCUCCACCCUGCCCCCCCUGAGGAGAGCCAAGUCUCUGGACCGAAGAACAACCGAGUCAGUGAUGACGCCGGAUUUGCUUAACUUCAAGAAGGGAUGGAUGGUGAAGCUGGACGAGCAAGGCCAGUGGAAGAAGUACUGGUUCGUGCUGACGGACCACAGUCUGAGAUACUACAAGGACUCUAUUGCGGAGGAGGCGGCCGACUUGGACGGCGAGAUCGACCUGUCCACCUGCUACAACGUCACCGAGUACCAGGCUCAGCGCAACUACGGUUUUCAGAUUCAUACCCUGGAGGGAGUUCACACGCUGUCCGCCAUGACGGCGGGGAUACGCAGGAACUGGAUCCAGGCGGUCAUGAAGAACGUGAGACCCUCCACCGCCCCCGACGUGGCCAGCUCCACCGAGGACCACGGCUCCUUCUCCCCUCUGGAGGGUCUGGUCAGGCCCGACGUAACUCAGGACUCCUCCGACGCCUCGUCUUUGGACAGAGAUCCGGCGCCCGGCGUCAUAAAGAGCCGAGCGCGCGAGCGGCGGCGGGAAGGGCGCUCCAAGACCUUCGACUGGGCCGAGUUCCGGCCCAUCGCCCAGGCGCUGGCCCAGCAGCGGGCGCAGGAGGCCGAGGGCCUGCAGGCCGACGUGGGCGAGCUGGAGCGCAGCCGCAGGCGGGAGGAGAGGAGGAAGAGGUACGGCUCGGUCACGGGCUCGGACCAGACCGCCGUCACGGACGGCAGGACGGACUGUGAGGGCGGAGAGGGAGUCGUGAACGCGGACUCGCUGUCUCCCACCUCCUCUGAGAAGCAGCAGAGGGUGGAGGAGGUGAUUGAGGAACACUGGCGACAGGUGGAGACGACGCCCAUCCGGGAGGAGAGGAGGGUGCCGCUGCCCCCCACGGGGCCGUCCAGGGAGACCGCGGAGCUGGAGCAACUGCUGGAGAGCUACAAGCAGGGGAUAGAGGACCUGAAGGCUCAGCUGGAGAGCUGCCACCAGCAGCUGCUCGACUCAAACAAGCACAAGCAGGAGCUGGAGCUCCAGCUGAGAUCGGCUCUGGAGAGAGAGCAGGACUUCCGGACGGGUUACAUCUCUCCGCUGGAGCUCCCUUUGGGUCUGGAGGCGGAUGUGACGCCCCAGACGAAGAGGCCCGAACUGGUUAGUUCUCAAGCACAGAGUUUAACAAAGAAGUACCAGGAGACCAAAGAGCUCCUGAAGCUGCAAGAGCUGAAAAAGCGCAAUAUGCAGGCACAGCUUGGCCUCUCUCUUUCUCACCUCUCCAUGAAGGACCCUAACCUUUCUGAACCCCCGGAGGGCCCUCCCCCUGAACAUGUGCAAAAAACGGUGGGCUUCCUGCUUCAGGACAGCUCGGAGGCCAUUCAGCAGCUGGAAGACCAGAUAAGUGGCAGACCUCUGACGCUGAGAGAGCUGGGAAAAGUGCUCAAGUACCACAGCUUUCACCAAGAGAGCGCAGGAAAACACGAGCUUCAGAAGCUCCUGGAGGCCUGGAAGUGCCAGCAGGAGAUAGAAAACGAGAUGAUAAAAAGGAGCUUGUCCAGAGCAGGAGAGAGCAUACGAGAGUACGAGGCCCGUCUUCUGACCAUAGAAGAUAUCAUGGGGAAAUUUCGGAGGCAGAGUUAUGAAAGCCUGAAGAGCCCUUACGGCCCCCUGUCCAAGAUCGGAAACCACUCCGAGAUGAGUGACGCCACGAUUGGUUUGCUGUCUCAGAAGGUGGAACUUUUAUCAGGAGAAAACAGCGCGUUGAAACAGCGAUGCCAGGAGAUAGUUAACCAGCUGACGGAGGCCGACAGAGAGAUAGACAGACUGAAGGACGAGCUCAUCGGCCAGCAGGCCGGCAAACAGCACAACCUCAUGGAGGAGAUGAAAAGACUGAAGGCCGAACUGGCCGAAAACCAGGCCAAUGCCAUAGACCGGGAGUAUUACGAAAGAGAGCUGAAUGAGAAGUCGAUGAGGCUCCACGAAGCGCUGGUUACCUUGGAGGAGCUCGGCAACACCCUCAAAGACACGGAGAAGAAGCUCCAGCUGAAAGAGGCCACGCUGGUAGGUCUGGGCUUCCAGACGGACGACGAGGAAGACGAGUUUCACCCAGAGAAGGAGCAGCUCAGAGAGCUACUCGAGGCCUCGACAGCAAAGAUCCUGGAGACCGAAGCGCGCCUUCAGUCGGCGGAGCAAUGCCGCGCGCAGCUAGAAGCUAGGAAUGCCGAACUAGACGCACUGAAUCAGGAAAUGGAGAAAGUCAGCAGGGAGAAGGUAGCAGAGGCAGAAAGUGAAGUGAGGAUGCUGCAAGAGAGGUUAGAGACGACGACCGGUGGAGACGAACCGGAUGUUGGUGCAGGAGAGAAGCAGGUUGACGAUAAAGGACUUUUAACGCAAGUAGUUGAUCAGCUGGAGAUGAGGUCAGGGGCGAUAGAUCAGGUCGUAGAGAUGUUAGGAAAAGUAGAUGUCAAUGUAGGGAAGAUGCUUGGUAAUUUAAGAAGCACUUUAUUUAGUUUUUCACAAGUAGAGCCGCCUUGGGUGAGCGGCAGAGACGUGAGGUCGGUGCUGGAGUGGGAGUUCUGGAGCCAGCUGGCGAGCAUCGCUGAAUCGGAUGAGAACGGACAGAUCUGUGAACCGGCACUGGUGCAGCAGAUGGAGCUGCAGAGGAGCCUGCUGCUCCUGAACAGACGGGGUUGUUCCCAGGCAGACGCUGAGGGAGAGGUGACGGCGGAGGACUUUGCAUCGAUGUACGGCUGGCUCGAUGACGAAGCAAACGCUCUGAUCUUAAAACGGUUGAUUGAGAGCCUGGAGGCCAAGUCGCGUGAUCUGAAGGACGUCGUGUCCAGGCUGAAGCAGGGCACCGAUGACGGGCUCCUGCCUCUGGCGCGAUCGAGCUUUCGUCUCGGGGACGAGCAGAAGCAGUCUUCAGAACAUCUGAGUGAAUCUCUCAAAGAAGCAUACGCGUCCUAUGUGGUCGUUAGACUGAAGGUCCAGCACGAAAAAGAGCUAAAGCAAAAUCACACCCUAGUGCAGAUGGUUCAUCCGAACCCUGACCUGAGAGAUGUCUCCAGUGACAUCCAGUCCAAGGCGUCUGGGGUCUCGUUGGAGACGGGCUCGACCCAGACUGGAGCAGAACCUGUAGACUCGGCGGAUGAAACCGCGGAGCUUCACGACGCUGCGGCCAGCCACAGCCAAGAGCUGCAAGAUGUCAAAGCCCGCUACGAACAGGAAGCAGAAGAGUUAAAGGAGCGGAUCGCAAAAGCCGACGAGGCGCUUCGUCUUCGCUCAGAAGAAAACACGAAAGAGGUUGAGACACUGAGAGACUCCAUGGAGAGCCUGAAGAAGCAGCAUGAGAUGGAGAGACGGGACCUCGCGGAGAGGUUUGACCGUGAAAUGGAAGAGUUGAGAAACUUGAUGAAUCCGACGAACCCCAGCAAGGCGGGAACAGACGAGCCGACGCCGCCUUCCUCACCAACCCUGAGGCAGCGCAUUCAGGAGCUACUGACCCAGGUGUCAGUCAUGACCGAAGAGACGAGGCGGCGGGAAGAGCAGGGUGACGCAACCACUCUGCGGCUGAAAUACGAGAGAGACCUGGAAAACCUGAAGGCCACCUGCGAGCGGGGCUUCGCCGCCAUGGAGGAAUCCCACCAGAAGGUGAUCGACGAGCUGCAGAGGAAGCACCAGCGGGAGCUGGAGAACCUGGAGGAGGAGAAGGAGAGGCUGCUGGCGGAGGAGACGGCGGCCACCAUCGCUGCUAUUGAAGCAAUGAAGAACGCCCACCGGACGGAGCUGGAGAAGGAGCUGGAUAAGGCUCGCAAGGCCAGCAACAACGCCGAGAAUGCAGAUAUGGAGGAGAUCCACAAACAGCACGAGGAGGAGCUGUGUUCCUUCCAGCGGGAGAUCGAGGUGUUGUCGGAGCAGUAUUCCCAGAAGUGCCUGGAGAACGCCCACCUGGCCCAGGCGCUGGAGGCCGAGCGGCAGGCCCUCAGGCAGUGCCAGAGGGAGAACCAGGAGCUCAACGGGCACAACCAGGAGCUGAACAACCGCCUGGCGGCAGAAAUCACCAAGAUGCGCUCCAUGACAUCCGAGGACGGAGUGGGAGACACGAGCAUCACGAUACAGGGAAAAGAGCUGUACGAGCUGGAGGUGAUGCUGAGGGUGAAGGAGUCCGAGGUCCAGUACCUGAAGCAGGAGAUCAACUCGCUCAAAGACGAACUCCAGGCGGCCCAAAGAGACAAGAAGUAUUCGACGGAUAAGUACAAGGACAUCUACACGGAGCUGAGCAUCGUCAAGGCCAAGGCGGAGCGCGAUCUUGGCCGGCUGAGAGACCAGCUGCAGCUGGCUCACGAGGCGCUCGGUGAGCCGUCGCCGGAGGACGUGGAGCGAGGAGGAGGAUACGAUUCAACUGACUCAUUUCUCCUCACAGAUAUCAUGAAGUCCAAAAGCAACCCCGACAUCCUCAAGAUGGCAGCAGCCGCCGCCAAGCGCUCGGAGCGCACCAUGAGGUCAAAGAGUCUGAAGGAAGGGCUGACGGCGGAGCAGCGGCUCCACCUGUUUGAGAAUAAAGACACUAAGGAGUUCUGACAGUGACGCCUCACGUUCACCUGCCUUGCUGCAUGUUUAGUAAAGCCACUAUAUUUUAGCUCUGUAAUGACUCAUUUAGUAACACUACACACUGGCCAGCACACGCGGAUCAUCUAUUAUUAAACAAAACAAAAACACACGGUAUGAAGUCUGAGUUUCAUGUCUAGAGUUUGCAUUCCACGCACUUCAGUUGACUGUGACAUUUUUGUUUUGUUUUCUUUUUCCUCUCUGGCAUAUCUUAUUGUAAAUACCGUUUUUAAACUGAGCAUCUUGUCCUGCGAACACUAAAACUAUGACUGUGUAAGCUACUGUUUUAACUCUCUAGACUGUUGACGGCCAACGACACGGACGCGAUGUCGAACGGCUCGAACGAGACCGGGUCAUCGGCGGACCCGGUCCGGCGCCCGGUCUGCAUGCUACCGCUGCGCCGCUGCAGAUCCCACAGCACGCACACGGGGGCGCCGCUCAGUAAACCAGCUGCUCGUCUGUGUUAGAAAACAAGCUCCUAUCCAAGUAGCCAAUUAACAAAGAUGCUCUCUGAAAACGCUUCAGUCAGAUCUCACCCCCCCCUGGACCAGUGGCAGCUGGAUCCACACAGACAGGUUCGCUGAUUUAUAAUUUAAUUAUAUAUUAAAAGUGAUUUUGAUUUUGUUCUUUUCUUCUCACUGCACUCAUCGUUCCAGCUGUAUAGGAGUCGUUGGAGUUGGUUUAUGUUUGUAGACUUGUUCAGUGGCAGUCCCUUUGUAUUUAUUUAAAUGGUUGGGAUUUUUCUUUAACAUUCCCAUUCCUCUGUACUCUAUUAUUGUAAAUAUAAAGCAAAUAUACACCAACUGACUACAGGUUUAUUAGCAAUAAAUAUUUUUGCACCCUU